CGCCGCUCUCGUAAGAAACUAUUUCAACAACUGUGCGCGGGCCCGAGACCGGUGAGUACUAGGACUACAGGCGUCUCGUCUCUCGAGGACAGCCGAAUGUGGAAAACACUAUAGCUAACGAGCGAAGGACGGUACAAUUGGAGCGGGAUCCCUUGUGGAUUACGUCGCGGUGGCUAGCUAUCUACAAUAUUAAAAGGAUAUUUACACCAAGAGGUCCCCACAUUUCAAGAGAAGAAGAAAGCCUUAUUUGGGAAUCUUAUGGACGAAGAAAUGAGUCGCCAGACCGCCACAGCGCUGCCAACAGGAACCUCCAAGUGCGCCCCCUCCCAGCGCAUCCCCACCCUGUCCGGCACUACAGCCUCUAACAGCGACCUGGCCAGCCUGUUUGAGUGCCCUGUCUGCUUCGACUAUGUGCUGCCCCCCAUCCUGCAGUGCCAGAGCGGCCACCUGGUCUGCAGCAACUGCCGUCCCAAGCUCACCUGCUGCCCCACCUGUCGGGGCCCGCUGGGCUCUAUCCGGAACCUGGCCAUGGAGAAGGUCGCCAACUCUGUGCUGUUCCCCUGCAAGUAUGCGUCGUCGGGCUGCGAGGUAACGCUGCCCCACACAGACAAGGCGGAGCACGAGGAGCUGUGUGAGUUCCGGCCGUACUCCUGCCCUUGCCCAGGGGCCUCCUGUAAGUGGCAGGGCUCGUUGGACGCGGUAAUGCCCCACCUCAUGCACCAGCACAAAUCCAUCACCACGCUGCAGGGCGAGGACAUUGUGUUCCUGGCUACAGACAUUAACCUGCCUGGAGCAGUGGACUGGGUUAUGAUGCAGUCCUGCUUUGGUUUCCACUUCAUGCUGGUCCUGGAGAAGCAGGAGAAAUACGACGGCCACCAGCAGUUCUUUGCCAUUGUGCAGCUAAUCGGCACGCGGAAGCAGGCAGAGAACUUUGCCUACCGCCUGGAGCUCAACGGGCACCGGCGACGGCUCACCUGGGAGGCCACGCCCCGUUCCAUCCACGAGGGCAUUGCCACGGCCAUUAUGAACAGCGACUGCCUGGUGUUUGACACCUCCAUCGCGCAGCUGUUCGCUGAGAACGGGAACCUGGGCAUCAAUGUCACCAUAUCCAUGUGCUGAGGACUGUCAGGUGGACAGCCACUAACACACACACGCAUACAGACACACAUAUACACACUCCACACUACAGGAAACCUGGGUUUGGAGAGCAGCAGGGUGUAAGUGUUGUCCCAAGGAACCUGUUGCCAUUGUAAAUUGUGGUUUAGAACUUUCACAGAUUGGUAAGAGCUUGAUGCAAACAAUGGAACUCUAUCCCUGGGAUUACAUUUUAGGCUUCAAUACAAUAUUCAUUCAAUAAUUAAAGGUAAGUUUUUCUGAGGAUAAUCCACCAAUGCCCUUCAACCCAGAGCACACCUAUGGAGUGAACACUUCAACAGGUGGGGGCUCAGUUUUGUGGUCCAUCUUUGCAGAGGGAAGCUGGCAGAAGUGUUACAGAUAGUGAGAGACUGAGUGGGUGGACUCAAUUUGAGGGAGGGUGGGGCAUCAAAAACAAUGGCAAAUGUUUUUAUUUUUUAUAUAUUGCAUUUCAGUUGAGUCGAAGUGAAAUGAACUAUUAAUGUUUUUGAUUUUUAAUUAUGUUGUCCUUUUUUCCCCUCCUUGGAUGAGAAGGUCCUAGUACUGUGUGCUCGGACAUUGGCUGAAAAGCUAGUUUGGUCUCUCUGGAGUCCAACGGUUUCAGCCUAAACCACUGAAUAUUUGACCAGGGGUGUAUUCGUUACUCCAAUUCUGUUGCAAAACGUUUUGUCUGUUGUAAAGCGUUUUACAACUAAAACAAGAGUUUCUAUUGGACAAAUUCAGGUAGGUCCCUCAGUUUCGUUCUGUUUGGUUCUUAAACGGUAAAUGUUUUUCCGUUGCAAGAUGUAAUGAAUACACCCCAGGAAUGAGGACAGUUUCUACAGUUAUAAUAUCGUUAUUAUUAAAUGGAGAUUGUUAUCAUUUUUGUAAUGACUUUUAAUGAAUGAAAAAGGCUGUACCCUUGUGGCUAAUCUUUCAGUGUUUGUAGAUCAAUUGUGUCGUUCUUUCGAAAACUUCAAUGUAUUUUAUUUUGUAAGUUAGUUUUCGCUCGUCGUUUGUCCGUCUGUCUAAAUUCUGUUUGUGAGUGGGCGUAGCAAUGCCAAACAUCUCUGUGGAUACAUAGUACUGUUGCUGGUCCCCAUCUCUUAAUUGUCUUUUGUUUUAUUUUGUCAUUAAAUAAAUCUCUCUUUCAUACCUUG